CGAGACCUAUGGGCGAGCUAGGAGACCGGAUGACUACUCGCGUAGCCCUCGCUAUGAGCCUGACGGGGGUAGAGGCGACUCUCAAGGCCGGUUGGAGUCGGAUCAGGGCCGGCGAGACAGAUGCAUGGAUGGUAGAUAUGAGAGAUCGGACCGAGACGGAUACAGGGAUGGUAGAUAUGAGAGAUCGGACCGAGAUGGACAUAGGGACGACAGAUAUGAGAGGUCGGAUCGAGACGGAUACAGGGGUGGCAGAUAUGAGCGAGGAGACCGACGUGAUGAUUCACGCGGGCGAUACGACCGAGGAGACCGACGUGAUGAUUCCCGGGGGCGAUACGACCGAGGAGACCGACGUGAUGAUUCACGCGGGUGAUACGAACAUGGAGACCACCGCAAUGAUUCGCGCGACAGGAAUGAGAGAGGGGGAUGCAGCGCGUCGUCUGAUCCAUGAUCUGGGAGACGUAUCGAUGUUCCCUUCGAUGAAGGAGAAUGUUGAAGCAAGGAGAGUAAAGCCGAGUAAAGGGAAGGAACCGGUUAGGAGCCAGAGCAUCAAGAUAACUUUCGAAGGGGAUAUGGCGACCACACCCAUAAGGGAAGCAGCUACCAAAUCGGCAAGGGGGUCUACAUCGAAGAAGACUAACACUGAUUACGUGAUGGCGGAGAAGGACGGACAACGGACUGAUGUAGAGGAGGUCAUUCUCUCACCGCGGAAGCGGGGAGUGAAGAAGUUCUUGAUGAAGACUUCGCUGGACGAGAUUGACACGGUCGAUCCACUGAGGCGGGCCCUUCGACAGCCCAUGCAGUGCUCUAUCCUAGAAUAUCUGGCGGCAUCCAAGCCGGCUCGCGAUGAGUUACAGAUGAUCACGCGGAAGACUCGCAUACCUCUAUCAAAGGAGGCUCAGGGGGCCCCAAAGGCGGAUGCACCCGCCGUAGCAGUAUCGGAGGUGACUGCCAGAGCGGAUCGCAUGGCGACACUCCUUCUUGAUGGGAUAGAAUGUGUCCCUCCAGACAAGUUUUACAUACUUGGUAGUGGGGUCGUGGAGGCGAUCAUAAACGACGGGGUGGUACUAGAUGCUGUGAUCGAUAACGGUAGUGAGGCUGUUAUUAUAGACGAGGAUCUGGCAGUGCAGGUUGGACUGGGCCUCGAUAGGUCGUACCUAUUCGAGAUAGAGACGGCUGAUGGGAGAAAGCAACAGAUCACCGGGGUUUGUCACAAGGCAGCCAUAGAGGUCCAAGGCAUACGAGUGACCCUGUCGGUCUUUGCAGUCAAGAACUGCAGCUCCGAUCUGCUCUUGGGACGAACGUGGUUGAGCCACGUGCAUGCGGUGACGAUAGAACGACCGGAUGGGAGCCAGACAUUAUCCAUUAAGAAGCUAGAUGGGACGCGGGUUAUGAUUGAGACAGUGGAGCCUCGGGACCCGAGGAACAGAGCAGCUCUCGCUGUGGGUGCAAGACCCAGUGAUCAGAUUAAGUCAUUACCUAUCUCCGGCCGUGCGGUGCGAUUUCGCGAGAAGAAGUAUGGACCACUGCUCACAGAGGAAGAAUGUCGGAUCGUGGAAGUGGAAGAUUUAGGGAGUCGGCUGAUAGUGGACGGCAACUCGUACCCAAAGGAGACAGAUGAGGAGUUUGGCGGUGUGGUAUCUGUGUCUUUUUUAAGGGCACGGCCCCCUAUGGGGGGCUACCCAAGCGACACAAGCGAGUAGCUCAAAAAGUUAAGCCAGCGGUGGUGGGCCGCGAGCGAUCUGCACUGGAAGG